AUGAGAGCUGAGCGAGUGCGGCUGGCGGCAAUCCCUGGCAAUGAUGGGCGCCGUGUAGCAGCAGCAGAACCAGCCAUGCCACCACUACUUCUGCAAGCUGAGCAAAAUCGUCGUCCUGCCCCUGAGCCACGAGCUGACCUUCCCGCUGGAGAUGGGGAACUUCGUCCUCCUGCAGCAGUAGUGGUGGCCCCACCGCCUCCUCCUCCUGCAGCAGUAGUGGCCCCACCGCCUCCUCCUCCUGCAGCAGUAGUGGCCCCACCGCCUCCGCCCCCUGCAGCAGUAGUGGCCCCCACCGCCUCCGCCUCCUGCAGCAAUAGUCGCCCCACCACCUCCGCCUCCUGCAGCACAAGAUCGACCGGGAAGGGCUUCACAAACCACACCUUGAAGCUAGAACAACACUACUGGGAACAGGACGGCUUGAUGGAAGAUGCCAUCGACAAAUUCGUGAUUGAGUUGGGCGGAAUGGACAGCAGUGACAGUGAAGUGUCAGAUGACAGUGAGGAAGAUAUAUCUGACAGUGAACUGGCUCAACCUCUUCCAAGGUCGCAUCGGAGAGACCUCUCAAGACUGCGGGUGCACCGGACCUGGCGAUUCCAACAGUCUCCUCCUCUCCCACCAUUUGCUAGGUUGCCAGCUGCUGUCAACCCUCAGCACCAACACUCCGGAAGACUGCAGCACAUUUCGUACGCUGAAGCCCUGAGGAAAUACCCUGUGCUGGACAGUGGCGAUAAGUCCGGAUCUGCUGCGGCCGUGCCACGGGGAGUCAACGGAGCUCAGGCUGCUUCGAUGUCGCCCGGAGGCGGGGUUCUUGCUGGUGCCACAGAGGCCUCCGACUAUAUGGAAAAUUUCUGGAUGCGGAUGGUCGGUGCGAAUCGAUUUAGCGUGUUUGGCGACCGCACCGGACCAACAAUGCUCUGGAGCGUUUUCCACAACAGACCUAUAGGACAAUGGGGGCCACAUCCUGGGAGUAGUGGAAGUUCCACGCCACGAGCUGACCUUCACGCUGGAGAUGGGGAACUUCGUCCUCCUGCAGGAGUAGUGGUGGCCCCACCGUCCUCCUCCCUCCUGCAGCAAGUAGUGGCCCCACCGCCUCCGCCUCCUGCACCAAUAGUCGCCCCACCACCACCUCCGCCUCACUGCAGCAGUAGUGGCCCCACCGCCUCCGCCUCCUGCAGCAAUAGUCGCGCCUCCGCCUCCUGCAGUAGUAAGUGGGCCCCACCGCCUCCGCCCCUGCAGCAAUAG